AUGAUUCCUAAUUUAAAUUGGCUUUUGUUUAUAUUUCUGACCAGUUUUAUAGUUGAGAGUAUUACUAAAGAGGUUGCAAGUGAAAGAUCGAAAAUUUUAUCGCGAAGAAGGCGGUAUGUCACUUUCCCUGAAGGAUCAAGUUUCUCGUGCGCCGGCUGCAUGACAGUAGGUGUGAUCGGCCAGCCAGCUCCAUCAUCAGCCCCAGGUACCUUCACCUUCGGCCUGAACUGGGGCAUCGCGUAUGAGCUGCCCAACGCCACGGAGUCACUCAGAUUCUAUCACAAGAAGUACAAGUACAAAAAGCUGCAGCCCAUGAUGCAGAGGAGGAACAGACGAGAAUUGUAUGAGAAAUUAGAGGCGAUUAUUGAUAAUAUGGGUUACAACGGCAGGCAGUGUAUUCUGAAGACUCUCUGUGAGACUACACAGCGACUGGUUCCUCACGGAGAAAACAUGGUUGAGGAAAUGUUCAGAACUCUGUUUACGCUACCAAUGUCAAAGGUUCUGCAAACAGAACCACUAGAGCACACUAUAUACGACUCAGCACAUCGACUAGGAGUGUUACUAGAAAAUUGUGACAUUUAUAAAUGUCCGUUAUCUUUAGUGGACUUAGCACAAGGGUAUUAUAAUGCUCCAGCACCAAAAAUGGACAGUGGAUUACGUCCUUGGUCGUUGUUUAGUAGUACUUUUGGGUAA